UUACAGAUAUAACCAAGAGUGUUUUACAACUAUUUGUUGGUAAUUAUGUACGAGAAACAAAGUUUGGAUUGCCCGCAGUCGGGAGACUAUUUGACAAUGUUGUCAACUAAGUCUCCGUACGAUCCCAGCUGCAGUAGCGGAUACACUAUGACAUCAAUGCCGAAUAUGAACAGUUAUGGGACUAUGUCUAUGGGAUCUAUGGCUAUGAGCAAUAUGAACUAUUCUCCUCCGAACAUGGGAGGUAUGCCACCACAAGCAAUGUCCAGUAUGGGCAUGGGUAUGCACGCAGCAUCCAUGCCACCGGGUAUGAAUUCUAUGAAUUCAAUAGCUUCAGUGAAUGGAAUGGGAAGUCUACCACCAAUGAACGGCAUGUCGAGCCCUAUGAGGAUGGAAUCGUUUAACAGGGCCCAGGCUAUAAACAGGGCACGAGACAAAACGUAUCGUAGAAGUUAUACACAUGCAAAGCCGCCAUAUUCUUACAUAUCACUUAUCACUAUGGCUAUUCAACAGUCACCGAACAAAAUGUGCACGCUUAGUGAAAUAUACCAGUUUAUCAUGGACUUAUUUCCGUUCUAUCGCCAGAACCAACAAAGAUGGCAAAAUUCUAUAAGACAUAGUUUAUCUUUUAAUGACUGUUUUGUCAAAGUUCCGAGAACACCAGACCGUCCUGGAAAAGGCAGCUAUUGGGCUCUUCAUCCCGAUUCAGGUAAUAUGUUCGAAAAUGGAUGUUACCUUCGACGCCAGAAACGCUUUAAAUGUGUAAAGAAAGAAAUGAUGAGGCAGUCAUGUUCAGGAGACGACGAUGAUAGUUGUAAGUCGCCCGACAGUAGAGAUGGAUGUUCCCCAUCGCCGCCACCACCACCACCACAAAAUCAUGUGCCGUCAGGACAUGAGAUUCCGGAAACAAAACCGGAACCAAUGAGUAAUGAACACAGUGCGCCAACACCCGUCCAGCAACAUGAACGCCAUGAUAUGACGCCGAACAUUCGACAUAUGCAGCAUGAUAUAGUUUCGCAGGGGUACAAUCCCGCCGGACACUUAAAUCAUCCUCACUCAUUUAACCAUCCGUUCUCUAUAAAUAGUUUAAUCACAGACAGUGCCAAAAUGGACAUGAAAAUGUAUGAAAUGCAGGGAUACGGAGGUUAUAAUCCUCAUAUGGCGCUACCGCCAAUGUCUAAAGACUUAUCACAUAUGCCAGGACCGGACAAUAAUGGCUAUUACAAGACAUACGCACCUCACAGUGUGGGUAGUUUAUAGAGAAUUACAUUCAUUUUUAUAGCUGUAAACCAAAGAUUUAUCAACAAUUUGUGUUCUGCGUUAGCGAUGUGUGCUUCGUGUUUUUUCUUGAACAUAGCGAGCCGCCGGUGAACAAAAGUUUGUAUAUUUUUGCUUUUUGUCCUUUAAGAAGUAGAGGAACUAUUCAAAGAAGAAAGAGAUAGAGUGCUUUUUUCUCUUAACUAUAAAUUACUAUUUCAUGGAAAAGUGAUAUUUUUAUUAAUGUAGAAAAUGAUAUUAUUUAUUGAACAUUGACACAGAAUAUCGUUUCGUAAGUUAUUUUGUAAAAUUAUUAAAUGUAGAAAAAGAUAUUUUCAUGUAGAUGUUGAAAUAUAUUAUUGAAACUUGA